AUGAUGUCGACCCAACCGCCAGAAGCAGUCACAAAGACCAAGUCGCGGCGCUCGUUGCUUCCCUCCCUCAAUUUUGGUUCCUCUUCCUCCAACACAGCAGCUAGCCCCUCCACUCGAGGCCCACUCCCGUCUUCUGCCACGGCCCCAUCGGAUGCCCAGCCAGACUAUUUUGCCACAGUCCAUGUCCCCGACACAAAUGCACCCAACCUGGGGACAACGCGCAUCGCCAGCCCCUUCGCGCUGGCCACGCCACUCGUCUCCACAUCUGGUGCGCGUCUGCAGUCGCGUCCCAAUGCCAACCUUGCAGACUCCAACGAUGUAGAGCCGCAUCCUUGGGCUAAGCUCUUCCCGGAAGGAGGCAUGACUACCGCCUUACCAGAUGGGUUCCGAAUGGGACGACUGGGUGUGCCACCUACGCCCGCCGCAAGUGCCGACUCGGGUGUCGACAAGCUGAAGCUGCCUGGAUCCAGCUCAACCAUUCCCGCAGAUUUUCGCCGCAAUCUCAACUUGCCCACCAAACUGAGAAGCAGCCAGUCGUCGAGUUUGUCGCUGCCGUUGCCCACGGGCUCCAACAGCAGAGGCGGUGCUUCUACUCCGGACCUCACCAAGUUCAAGGCUUUGGAUGUGGAUGGCCUCGCCGAGGCGCUCAUUCCACCGGCAUGGAAGCAGCAGUCUCAGGCAUCGUCUUCGAGCACUCGGCCCACAACGCCUGAAAAUGUCCUGAUCCUCGACAUUCGUCCUUCCACCUCGUACUCCAUGGCCCGUAUCGCGUCCAGCAUCAACAUUUGUGCUCCUAGCACCCUCCUGAAACGUCCCGCCAUCACUGUCGAACGCAUCGAGGAUGAAAUGCUCGGCAGCACAAGCGAUCGACGCCGCUUCAUGCGAUGGCGAAAAGGCCCUCUCAAGCCUAAAGCAGGUGAAAAGUCCGACCCCACGGACGAGGCCUCGCUUGACGCCGUACGCAAACGCGGUGCUACCAUCAGCCUACCCGAGGAACCGGGCGUGAACAAGAUCAUCGUGCUCGACACGGACACGUGCCGCAUCGACGGCACAGGCAACGCUACUGCUGGUGGAGGCGGUCCAUGCCUCAUCGGUGUGCUGAAAAAGUUCGAAGCCGCCGGCUUUGCCGGCGAGCUGUGCUGGCUCGUUGGCGGCUUCAACAAGCUCGUACGCUCCAAGAAAGCGCAAGACUUUAUCGACACGGGAGCCCUCGUCAAGACCUCUGAAGAUGAGCACAGCUCUAACAGCACCAGUUCAGUAGCUCCUCAGGGUGCUGUAGAUGUGCGCAGCCGUAAGCCGCCCACGCUCAAGCUGAAUGGUGUUGCUGCAACUCCGUCGCUCGGUAGCCCUGCCGAGGCGAGUGAUGAGCGCAAGUCGCUCGUCCAGCCUCGAGGGCUGCCCAUGGAGGCAUUCCAGAACCAGAGCAUCGUCGCCGGCUGGCCCGGUCAGUCGACAUCGCCAGCCAAAGAUGCAAAUCAGCGCGGCGCUGGCGACUCGUCCAGGUUGAAUCUGGCGGGCCGGCAGCAAGACCAGAAGGCCAGCAACAGCGACAGCAACUUUGCAACUCAGGCCGCUGGUGCCAAUCGCCCGGCCGCUGCUUGUGCCAACCCCUUCUUUGACAACAUUCGCCAGAACCGCGAGCUACAGCAUGGUAUCACCGAGAAGAUUCCCAUGGAGCUGCCCAACAUGACCGAGUCGCAAAUGCAGCAACUGCCACCCUUCUUGGAGAAGCUGGUGCACAUGUCCGAAGCCGAUCGCGCGCUCGCCCUGGCUCAGGCUUUCUUCGACGUGGAGAAGGCCGAGCAGAACCGACUCAUCGCCACCAUGCAGCAGCAUUCGGCGGAGUCGGACCAGGACCCUCGUUCCAAGGACUUCGCCCGCGCCCAGGCAGCGGCUCUGCUGAAACAGUCCAGUUCAGGACAGAAUCUGGAUUCUGCUUCCUGUCACGCCUUCCCUUUCAGCAUCGCUGCUGCGCUCGAACGUGGCGCGGAUAAUCGCUACAACAACAUUUGGACUUACGAGCACAGCCGUGUCCGCCUCUCCAAGCCGCAGUCUGCUCAUGACCCUGGUUCCGAUUACCUCAACGGCUCGUUCGUAGACCCACCACGUCGAUUCGGCAGCAAGCGUCGCUACAUUGCCACACAGGCACCGCUGCCGAGCACCUUUGUUGCCUUUUGGACCGCCGUCUGGGAGCAGAACAGCCGUGUCAUCGUAAUGCUUACGCGCGAGCACGAGAGCGGACGCUUGCAAAGCCACCCUUACUGGCUCAACACUGCUUACGGCGAAUCUAUUCGGCUCACCAAGCUUGAAGAGGUGGUCCUCGACGAAGCUGGACAGACCUUGCGCGCGGAGGAGUGCAACGGGGUUCUCGGCCAGGAUCAGGACGGAGGCGCUCUCUUCCCAUCAAUGCCGUCGCAAUCGUCAUCGCAGCAGCACAGCAGUGGCGCGUUGGAGCAAAAAGCUUCGGAACGCAAGCGUGAGCCAACCACGGUGCGCCGCACUUUCCUGCUUAAGAAUAUGUCGGAGCCACAGGCGGCACCUCGCAAGAUCGUGCAGCUACAGUACAUCGCUUGGCCUGAUUACCACAUCCCCGAGACUCCUCAAUCACUGCUGACCCUCAUGGACCUCGCAGAUUCUGUGCAGAACGCCGCCGACACUGAAGCAUGCAGCACGGCAGCGCAGGGUAACACCUCGGCUACUGGUCCCAUGGUGGUGCACUGUUCUGCUGGCGUGGGUCGCACCGGUGCUUUCAUUGUCAUCGAUGCCGCGCUCGACGUGCUCCGCAGAGUGCGACGCCGUCAGAAGGUGCUCGCAGGUGGAGCGAGAGACGCAAGAUUGGUAUCGGAGCCCGCGACAUGGGAUAACAAUCUUGUUGUAGCCGACGGGCCGCUUACGGCCAAUGACACUCCUGAGGUCGACAUGGCGCCUCCUUCCUCACCCCUGGCCGAUCGCUUCCCGCGCACUCCCAGACGCAGCCUCAAGCGCGAACUGUCCCCCACCGGCAUGGACAUUGAUUCGGGCAGCAAUCACGGCGGAAGCAGCAUCUCGGCGCGCGACAUUAGCUCGCCUCCUCCCAUGUUCCGAUCUCGAUCCAAUGAGAGUGGCAAUGGCACCGACGCGGCGAGCAUCCUCGGCAGUAGCCUGGGUAGCACGGGCAGCAGCGGCAGCCGCAGCGCGGGUAAGAAUGCACCAGGAGAUACGCCAAUGCGUUCGACUCGGUCGAUGCAGCCUUACACUAGCGGCGAAAACAGCGGCACAGGCGCCACGAGUGGCUUCACCAACCCGUUCACCUCGCCUACGUUCCGCUUCAACCCUCUUGCCAAUGCGAGAUUCCGAAACGCUGGAAGUUCCACGCAGAAUGCCUCAAGUCACGAUUCGGCUUUCACUUCGCCAAGGCAGCAACAGCAGGAGAGCGGUUUGAGUGCGAAUGGGCUCGGGUCGGAUCCUGCAGUUUCGCCCACACGUCCCACAGGAUUGCAGCUUUCGUCAGAAGACGCCUGGCGCCAGGCCUCGUCGCCGUUUUCCGAAGUGUCGACGCCGUCGUUUCACGGCGGUGGAAGAUCGGCGAGGUCGUCGUUCUCCUCGGCUGCAGGCGUGCACUCGCGCUUGUCGAGUGGCAAUGGAGGUUCACCGAGCGGAUCGGACGAAGGUGGACGUUCAAUUGACGAGACCUUGAUGUCGGCCAUGAACCCCUUCGAAUUGUCCAUCUCUCAGCAGGCGCAGCGCCAGCAGAAUGGUGAUGACAGGGCAACAAGGGGUGGAGACGGCGUCUCGUCAGUUGCGACUACUACCGCCACCGCGGGUGAUACGUCGACCUCGACUGUUACCGGCAGCAACGAGCCUACGCCGUUUGAUGCCUCUUCAUCGACCACGUCCAACGUAUUCGGAUUUGGUAGCCAUGUAGCGCAACUGUCGCAGGGCAUGCGGGGCGAGAGCGUGUCGGCGUCCAACUCGGCCAGCUCGACUCUGUCGUUCAACGACAUGCUGCACAACCAGGCGACGGCGGGUACGCCAAACACGUCGGCUCAUUCGACUCCGGCCAACAGCAAUCGGGAUCAGCAUCAGCAUCGCGUGAGCAACUCGAGCUCGCACGACACGCAGGUGUUGGUCGCGAGGGAUCACACCAAGCUCAGCGCCCAAGAUGCGGUAACGGCGAGCGGACACGAGGCGGACGAAGCGUACGCUCGGGGCGAAGAUGUGAUCAAGGCGAUCGUGGAAGGGGUGAGAGAGCAGAGGAUGUCGCUGAUCCAGACGGGCAGGCAGUUUGUGUUUGUCUAUUCGGCCGUCCUGGCCGGUCUGCUGCGUGAUUUGCAGCGCGAAGGGGUUGCUUGA